GGGAAAGCCAAGCCCCAAAUAUGCCCUGAAAUGGCGUAGCUCGGUUGUUCUUUUCGAUUCGUGUACACGGCGAGUGAGUGCUGGCUUCUCGGUCCUCCGUAUUUGAUUUCUAUGGAGAUGUUCGACGCCUGCGAGCGCUCGACCGAGCUUUGAUGUUUUCAUCUGGACGGUUGCCGGUCCACUUGCGUUGUGGCAGCAGGUGUAUUUUUCCGGUUUCACAAAUUCGAGACCCCAAAAUAAUAUGAAGCGGCUAGCUUAUUAGUGGAAUGCUAAUUAAAAGACAGCCAUAUCAAACAUACCUGCCAGGUAUCAAAAUACAUCAGACAACAGCACCCGGUGUAUUUCAUUUAGAUUUUAAGUUAGCUGAAGAAUAUUUUUUUAAAUUUUAACUUUCAUUGAGGCAGGAUUUUUUUUUUAAAUAGUUGGAUAUUGGUUUUGUAUUGCGUGUGUGUGGUGUCCUGAAGAGCCUGUUUAACAAUAUGCUUGCUUUUUAUGUUUAGUAGUGUGCAGCCAUUGCUAAGUUAGACAUUUACAAGCCUGCACUUGAAAUAUGCAAUGCUUGGAAAAAGUAUUUGCUGCUUUCCUGAAUUCAGAUCCCCCCCCCACAUACUGUAUCAUUGAAAUCUUUCAGAUCGUCAAACCAAUUUGAAUCUAUCACAAAGACAGCCCAAUAAUUAUAAAAUGCAGUCUAAAUGCUGAUUGCAUAAUAAGGGGGAGAACAAUCUCAAACUAUAUGCUAAACUACAAUUUAAAAAUAAAUAAAAAAUUCCCCCUUGGAGGCUUGUGUAGCCUGUUGAUGCACACAGUUUUCCACUGAAUAUAUGGCGGCAAACAAAGAGGAGCUAGUCUACUAAAGAGGUUUCAUCAGUCUUUUGGAAUUGACAAAUCGGGUUUGCAGUGUCAAGACAAUGAUCUAAAACAGUCUUUUGCAAAGUAUCUUUAUGUGCCGUUUAAACCGAAAGCAAGUAGCACGACCACAUAAUUUCAACAUUUGAAACAGACACACAGCAGCAAACGUUGCUCUGUGCGCAACACAGAAAACUUCAGCGAAGAAACGGGCAACGCUCACUGAACAUUGCAAAGACGUGGUGUCCGGUUAUGUUGCAAAAGCAGUCAUUUAUCCACAUACCCAUCCACUUUAAUGGUGGUUGCAACUGUUUUGAUAAAGUACAAACAAUCUGUCAUGGAGCUGAUCCAAAUGAAAUACAGACUUCCAAAAAGUUUUUUUCGUUUUAUUUUACACUACGCAAAUUAUAUGGCAUGUACCUGGAGUAGGCUUGUGCGAUUAUAUGCUCGAGAUCGAAGCUCGUGAUAAAUUUCCCAUCGAUCUCGAUUAUGACUUCUAUGCAUAUUUCCUUAAUCUAACACAUCGAUAAUUUGCGUGACAACAGCCAAUCAGUCGUCCUUUUCCUGUUCCGCUUCCGGUUGCCAGUUGUUGUUGUUGUUAAACAGAAACUGCACCUCCUCGGCUGGCCCGGUAUGUAGCGAAAAACAAAACUCCCGGUCUCACUCAGCUGUCGUCACACGGGGCACGAUGCCGCCGUGUUGUUCGGUAGCCACUUUUCGUCCCGGCUCCGGACCGGAAAUGGAGGCGGCCGGAAACGUCAGUUGUGUGGCGGCAUCUCCAAAGCAACAUGGAGCAAUGCUAUUAACUAGCUGAUGUGCAAGGUUCCUAAGAGCACAGUGGCGUCCAUAAUCCUUAAAUGGAAGGCGCUUGGGACGAACAGAACCCUUCCUAGAGCUGGCCGUCCGGCCACACUGAGCAAUCGGGGGAGAAGAGCUCAGAGCCUUGGUGAGAGAGGUCAAGAAGAACCCAAAGAUCACUGUGGCGGAGCUCCAGAGAUGCAGUCGGGAGAUGGGAGAAAGUUCUCGAAAGUCAACCAUCACUGCAGCCCUCCACCAGUCAGGGCUUUAUGGCAGAGUGGCCCGACGGAAGCCUCUCCUCAGUGCAAGACACAUGAAAGCCCGCAUGGAGUUUGCCAAAAAAAACACCUGAAGGACUCCAAGAUGGUGAGAAAUAAGAUUCUCUGGUCUGAUGAGACCAAGAGAGAACUUUUUCGCCUUAAAUCUAAGAGGUAUCUUUGGAGAAAACCAGGCACUGCUCAUCACCAGUCCAAUAUAGUCCCAACAGUGAAGCAUGGUGGUGGCAGCAUCAUGCUGUGAGUUUGUUUUUCAGCAGCAGGGACAGGGAGACCGGUUGCAAUCGUAGAAAAGAUGAAUGCGGCCAAGUAAAGGGAUAUCCUGGAUGAAAACCUUCUCCAGAGUGCUCAGGAGAUCAGACUGGGCCGAAGGUUCACCUUCCAACCCGACCAUGACCCUAAGCACACAGCUCAAAUAACGAAGCAGUGGCUUCAGAACAACUCCAUGACUGUUCCUGAAUGGCCCAGCCAGAGCCCUAAUUUAAACCCAACCUGACAGAACUGGAGAUGAUCUGCAAGGAGGAAUGGCAGUGGAUCCCCAAAUCCAGGUGUCGGAAAGUCAUGUCUAUUACUACAGUUCACAGACAAGAGGUUUCAACCUGUUCACGACCUCACCAUUGGCGUAGAGUUUGGAGCGAGGAUGAUCACCAUAGAUGGCAAACAGAUCAAACUGCAGAUCUGGGAUACGGCUGGUCAAGAGUCAUUCCGGUCCAUCACUAGGUCUUACUACAGAGGAGCAGCAGGAGCACUGCUCGUCUAUGACAUCACGAGGAGGGACACUUUUAACCACUUGACGACCUGGUUAGAGGACGCUCGCCAACAUUCCAACUCCAAUAUGGUCAUUAUGCUCAUUGGCAACAAGAGUGACCUGGAGUCACGGAGAGAGGUAAAGAAAGAGGAAGGGGAAGCUUUUGCCAGAGAACACGGCCUCAUAUUUAUGGAGACCUCAGCCAAGACUGCCUCGAAUGUUGAGGAGGCUUUCAUCAACACAGCCAAGGAGAUUUAUGAGAAGAUCCAAGAAGGUGUUUUUGAUAUCAACAAUGAGGCUAACGGUAUAAAGAUUGGACCUCAGCACCCUACCACCAACUCAACACUGCCCGGUAGCCAGGGAGGCCAACAGGCUGGAGGUGGCUGCUGCUGAAGGCCCCAAAACAGACCUCUUCGUCCUCCUCCUUUAACCCCUGAGCCCUCUCCAACCACUCCCCACCCCUUGCAUUUCUGCAGAACUGUGCAGGCUCGGUAUCAGUUUAACCUGUCUCUCUCCAUCAUGUCAUCCAUCCAUCCAUCCAGCCAUCCCAUGUCUUCCUUGUCUCUUUCUCUCAGACCAGUAUCUUUUUUUUGUUUUUUUGCUAAAUCAUACCUGAGUGUCUCGUGGCAGCAUCCGGUGAGCUCAACCCUUUUAAGAAAGGUGUCAGCUUUACCUCACUAAAUUCUGAAGUUCACAUUUUCCUUGAGAAGAUGUAUUGGUUUUAACUGUAUUCGUUUUAAAUUUGACACCAAGGGGAUGAUGAUGAUGAUGGUGAUGAUGAUGUUAAGCUCGAGUGGUGGUGAUGGUAGUGAAUUUCUCCAGACCUGUGGGUAGAGUUAAAAAAAUAAUAAUAAUAAAUAAACACACACACACAAUCUGACACUGACUGACUGUAUGAAAUAAUAAACCAUGUGUUGCCUAUAGAAACACAUCUCCAGCAUGUUUUUAAAGAAAACAACGCAGCACAUUGUAGCAAGGCAUGUUUGUACAUGUAGUGCCUGCGUGUAUAGGGACGAUAUAGGCAUUCCAAUGAAGUCAGUCUUUUACGUCACAAACCUCUGCUCAUAAAAGUAACCCCCCCCCCCACACACACACACACACACACACUCACACUCUUUGUCUUCAUGCCAACUUGCAGGUGUACUAUAUUGAAUGAACACUAAACAAUUUUCUGUCUGUUUUAAAUAGUCCUGGGGAGAGAUUAACUGACCAAACCGUCUAGUGUCAGAAUGAAGCCUUUUGGAAUGGUAGAAAAAUUAAGGUUCAAGAAAUGUCAAGGGGGAUAUUGAGAAGUGGCUGUCAACAUGAAGUUUAGAAAUAAAGAAAAAAAAAAAAUAAAGGAAAUGAUUGGAAAUGUUUUGUUAACUAUUUAUCGGGCGCUCUUCUUUGUAUAUAUGGCUCACUAGAUUUCUGUGGCUUCGGCUGUUAAAAGAGUGAAACUUGGCAAGUUGUGGUCUUCACCGGGGCUUUAUAAGAAUGCAAGAGAGAGAGAGAGAGACAAGAGACCGAGACCCCUUUUUGUACCUUCAAGCAGCAUUUAAACAAUUCUCAUUUAAAACCAAGUUCUCACCAACCCUGUAGAAAGGGGUUGGUGGUGCUCUUUUCCUUUAAAUGACAAAUGUGAAUGAUGACAGGCUGUUAACAAGAACUUGUAGAGUCCCUGCUGGAGAAUCGACUCAAAUGUCAAGGCUUCCUUUUAAGCAAGCCAUGACUCCCACCACUACAUGAAAUAGUUGGCAGAACCAUAACGUUUUGUUUGACUGCUGCAAUGUUUCUUUGCUUUGCAAUGGGCAUCAUUUUACUGUUUUGAUCAUUGUUUACCUAUUCUGUUCAUAUUUCCCCAUGCAUCCCUACUGCGCACCGCUCUUUCUCUGACUGUGUGGUAACAGUUGUGUUUUUAUUGCCAAAACAGCAUGUUUACCUGUGUUUCGUUCAAUAAAGUGGGCGGCGAAAAUCUCUCCAUGAUGAUGUGACAUCAGGAUCAGCUGUCUGCCUUAACGCUACCCGCUGGAGAGAUUUGGACAGUUGCUAAAACAAAUUGGCUGCAAACAUGCUUUACCACAAACUUGCUGUAUACUCAUGUAUUACAUUAGAUGCACAUUGUGUGGAGUUUUGGGGCGUUUCAUUUAAAUUCUCGUAAAUUACUUUCCUACCCAUUCCCUGUGCGCGCACACAUGCCCCAUGUACAAUAUAUAAUGAAUACAUAUUCUGUCUAACCAGUGUUUUAACUAUAGAUGUGGGGAGCUUGUUUUUUUUUUUUUUUUUUGUCAUUUUAGAUAUAUAUCAGACAGAUAUUAAUUAAGUCAGUUGAGGAUUAUACUUUGUAAAGCAACGCGUGUGUCUGUGUGUAUGUGUGUGUGGACAGACAGGCCGACAGUGGUUACAGGGGGAGGAUCAAGCCAAACCUGAUGCAUCUAUUUAGCUAUGGAUUGAUCUAUCUUAUCUGUCCCCCUUCCUAGCCCCUCUCAGUCUUAAUUUUCCUGUCUUUCUUCCCACCCCCCCCCCCCCCCCCGCUCCCCAAAAAAGUUAUUUGUUGUGUUUGUUCUUUGAAAGAAAAUUUAGAAAAAUAAGAAAAAAAAAAGAAUGCUAUCACAAUAAACUAAUAAAACAUUCUAAACUCAA